AUGCAUUCAAACGGAAAGACUGGUGCCAAAAGUUUGGAAGAGAACCUCCACAGAAACUCUGAUACUCGAAAGAGAAAAUCCAGUGUGAGCAAUCAAUUUCCGUCAAAAAAGGCUGCGAAGUCUUAUCCUGCUAACCAAGACAAAUCCGCAGAAUCAGACAACGACAGUGCGAUGUCUUCAAAAAGCGAUGUCGCCGCCCCAGAAGCAGGAACACACGAGGCACCUGAAGCGCUCGAAGCAGAGCGAUCCCCUUCUUCGGAAUCCAAUGAUUCUGACGAUAACGAUGUUGUGGAGUCUCCUGCAUCUAGAAGACUUCUUGGACGACCCCCAAGUUCUGAUAAAGUGGGCAGCGACAAUGAACCGCCUAAGCGACACGAAGAGGAAGAAAAAGAAGUGGUUCCACUUCCCGAUUCGGAACUACUACGUGAAUUCUUCGAAAACAUUCCUGAAGGCGACGACGAUGACCCCGGCACACCUUCAUCCUAUCACUCCUCGGAAAUCAGUAGUACUCCGACGACACCAGAACGUCCUCAAGCUCCACCAGCCAUUGAAGUCGAUGGAGCUGUUUACAGACAACCGGAGCGGGAUGACGUCGGUGCGGAUUCUGGAGGAACAAAACGUCGUGAUGAAGAAUCAGAUAACAACAGUGAGAAGUCUCCAGGGUCUUCGCAAUCUCCGCCACCACGACACGAAGAGGAUGAAAAGGGAGCUGAAGAAGAAGAAGAAGUGGUUCCAGUUCCCGAUAUGGAAUUUUUACGUGAAUUCUUCAAAAAUAUUCCAGAAGGCGACAACGAUGACCCCGGCACGCCUUCAUCCUAUCACUCAUCUGAAGUUAGUAGUACUCCAACGACACCGGAACGUCGUCAAUCACCACCAGCCAUUAAAGUCGAUGGAGCACUUCACCGACAACCGGAACGGGAUGACAAUGGGCCGGAUUCGGAAUGA